AUGAAUUCAACAACAGGCUCUCCCGCAAACCCUCGUACAGGCUUGAGAAACCGUAACAAUACUGGGCUUGGGGAGCCCUCUAUUCCCGCGGGCGGUGCUGAAUCUCCAACCCUGACCUCCUCUUCAGAAACCUCCCCGCAACACGGCACUUCCCCAAAGCUCCAGCUGAACGAUUCGAUGGCUCGAUCAUCCUUCCGCACCGCGGUCACAGUCAAUCCUUCUACGACACGAAAAAUUGUUGUGCGCUCGGAUCCUGCGAUGAUAUCGUGCUUUGAUCCCGUGACGGAGAAGGAACUGUAUGACCUCUGGGCACCGAAGGGGUAG